AUAAUUUACAGCACAACAUUUUCAUUUAAACAGAAAACAUUGUCACAUCAACUCAUCUGAAGUCAACACCAGGGACAUCCAUACGUAUCUCUGUUUAUCCCUUCUGAUUGUAAUGGAUUAAUCAUACAGGAAAAUAAACAGCUAAACAGCACAUGAGCCUCAAGAAACAAGAUGGAUGAUGAUGCUUCAGAUGUUGCUAUUAUUGGCAUUGGAUGCCAUUUCCCAGGAGGUGAGGGACUUGAAAACUUCUGGAGGGUCCUUAUUAAUGGAAAGAACUGUGCCGUACAAAUACCAAAUGACAGAUUUGACCUCAGUCAAUGGUACGAUUCAGAUGACAGUAAGCCGGGAAAAACGUACACAGCAAAAGCAGCACUUAUUGAUGGUUUAAAUGAAUUUGACUACAAGUUCUUUGGCAUCACUGAAGCUGAAUCAUCCUGCAUGGACCCUCAGCAUAAACUUUUGCUACAGUGCACAUACAGAGCCCUCGAGGAUGCUGGGAUACCAAUGGAAAAGGCCAGUGGAACAAGUACAGGAGUGUUUUUGGGUCUAAUGAACAGAGACUUUGAGUUGGGCAAUGUGAAGAUUAGUCCAAAGAUCAUAAACCACUCUUCUUCUACUGGUUCAGCAAUGAGCAUAGCUGCCAAUCGCAUCUCCUACACAUUUAACUUCACUGGUCCUUCACUGUCGAUUGACUGUGCCUGCUCCUCAUCACUUGUUGCCCUUCACUUUGCUUGUCAGGCCAUAAAACAAGGUGACUGUGAAAUGGCUAUGUGUGGGGGUGUGACCUGCAUAUUGGAGCCAACAGUCUUUGUGGCUCUCUCCAAGGCAAAGAUGAUCUCCCCUGAAGGCACCAGUAAACCUUUCAGUACGAAAGCAGAUGGCUAUGGGAGAGGUGAAGGCUGUGGGGUUGUUCUCCUAAAGCCUCUGAAAAAAGCUCUCCAAGAUCAUGAUCAUAUCUGGGGCAUCAUUAGCAAAACAGCAGUAAAUCAAGAUGGCCACACUGUUAGCCCAAUCACCAAACCAUCCAUGAUACAGCAGGAAGAGCUGCUUCGAAAAAUCUACUCAACAGACACUGAUCUGACUAGUGUCCAGUACAUUGAGGCUCAUGGGACGGGAACUCCUGUUGGAGAUCAAGUAGAGGCAGGUAGUAUUUCGAAAGUAAUUUCCAAAGCAAGACCUUAUGAAUCUGGACCACUCAUCAUUGGUUCUGUUAAAAGCAACAUUGGACACACAGAAUCUGCAUCAGGUGUAGCCGGACUUAUAAAGAUUCUUUUGAUGAUGAAGCAUGAAACCUUUGUGCCCUCAGUGUUCUUCUCAGAAGAUAAUUCCAGCAUAGACACUAAAUCUCUCAAUCUAAAAAUCCCCACUACAGCAGCGAAAUGGCUGAGUGAAAAUGCAGUGAGAACUGCUGGGGUCAAUAAUUUUGGCUUCGGUGGAACAAAUGCACAUGCAUUAGUCAGACAGUAUGUGCAGUCAAAGAAACCAAGAGAUCAGAUCAAGAAAUCACAUCAGUUCUUUGUAAUAUCUGCAGCCUCUGAAAAAUCAUUAAGAAAUAUUAUGGAAGAUACUGCAGAACAGAUUAGUGCUGGGAAUAUAACAGAUCUACAAUCUUUACUGUUCACAGCUGCUUGUAGAAGAAGUCACUUAAAACACAAAUAUAGGAAAGUAUUUCAGACAUCAUCCUUGACAGACCUUAAAGAGACAAUUGCCGAUGUGCUAAAGAAAAAGCUUGUACAUUCAAAGACAAACUCCAUGUUAGUCUUUGUGUUUUGCGGGAAUGGUGUAACAUAUUCUGGUAUGUGCAAGCAGCUCCUAAAACAAGAACCUGUUUUUAGAGAAGUCGUCAUGAAGAUAGAAAGCCUGAUGCAGAGCUACACAAGUUUGAACCUGAUGGAGAAGUUAGAAAGCAAAUCUGAUGACUUCACUGAUCCAAAAAUUGUCCAGCCUCUCCUGUUUGCUAUUCAGGUUGCAAUAUCUUGCGUCCUGAGGCAAUGGGGCAUAAGUCCUGAUGCUGUGCUUGGGCACUCCAUUGGAGAGGUCGCUGCAGCUCAUUGUUCUGGUUUGUUGUCACUCGAGGAUGCAGUCAAAGUCAUCCACUAUCGCAGUUCUUUGCAAAGCACAGUGACAGGAGGAAAGAUGCUGGUUGUCAGUAAUAUGGCUGUAUCUGAAAUCUUGAAACACCUUCCAUCUUACUCAGGAAGGGUUUGUUUGGCUGCUUACAAUAGCCCACAGUCGUGCACCCUUUCAGGCAAUGCAGAUGACAUUGACAGAUUGCAUAAAAAUUUAAGCAACUCAGCCAAAGAAAAAGAUCUCUUCCUUCACAUUCUGGAUGUUCCUGCUGCCUAUCACAGCCACAUGAUGGAUCCUAUUGUACCCAAAGUGAAAGAGAAUAUAGGAUCAUUACAGAGACACAAUCUGCUGACAGAAUUGUUCUCAACAGUGACCGGUGAAAGUUUGUGCUCCUCAGAUUUUAUUACUGGUGAAUACUGGGCAAGAAAUAUCAGGGAACCAGUUGCAUUUGAACAAGCAGUAAGAUCAGCAGCUAAAAACAAGAGGAAUGUGAUCUUUGUUGAGAUUGGCCCAAGAAGAUCUUUGCAGAGGUACAUCACAGAGACUCUGGGUACUGAUGUCACUGUGCUUCCCUCAGUACAGCCAGAUAAAGAUCAUGAGACAUUGCUUGCUGUUGUAUCCAAAUUGUUUGAGCUCGGAGUCAAAGUGGACUGGGAAAUGUUUUACAAAGGUUUUGAGACUGAACCAUUUCAUCACCCACGCUAUCAGUUUGAUAAUGUGAAGAAAGAUGUCUUCUCCUCUAAAGUCCAGUUGGCUAGUUCUACCAGCAACCACCCAGUAAUUACACCACUGAGUUCAGACAGUUCAGUUUUCAGCUGUGAUUUUUUAUCUGACUCAGUGGCCUUCCUGCAGGACCACAAACAUAAUGGUGUUGCUAUCCUUCCUGGAGCAUUUUAUGCUGAAUUGGGCCUAGCAGCUUUCAUGAUGUAUGCAAAACCGAAGGUCCCACUCAGUUCUCUGCAGCUCAGCGUCACAUUCCAGAGUCCAUGUGUUCUCACUCAGAAUGACCCAGACGUGAAAGUAAUUCUUGAUUCGUCAGGCAAAUUAGGACAGAACACAUGCAACUUUCGAGUACAAUCCACUUCUGCAAUCUAUGCAUCGGGCACAGUACAGGCAAAACCAGACAGAAAACCUGAAGAGCAGUUCAUUUCUCUUGACAACAUCAUUAAAAGAUGCUCAAUAAUUCUGAAGAGUGAAGAGCUCUACAACUAUCUUAGUCAGGCAGGAUUUGAGUACAGCUCAGUUUUCAGAAAUAAGGCAGAAAUUUGCUGUGGGGAGGAAUUUAGAGAGUGUUUGUCUGUUUUGAAGAUACCAAAAACAUUAUUGUCCCAGCUCCAUGACUAUUACCUUCACCCUGUUGUCUUGGAUUACUUGAUGCAACUUACUAUUGGAACUAUAAUACCAAGGCUUUCACCAAGACCUCAGUUUCCUGCAAAAAUAGGUAGCUUGACUGUAUUUGAACUAUUGCAAGAGGAGAUGGUUAUAUAUUUGAGGGAAACACAUAGAGGGGAUGAUGAUUAUGACGUUUGUGGCUGCUUAACCAACAAACAAGGCAAGGUUUUGGUUGAGCUCAGCCAUGUGCAGAUCAAAAUGCUGGGAAGUCGUUCUCAUGUAGUUGACGAAUACUUCUACCACAACAGCAUCAGCAUCACGGCUGAAGAUUCCACAUUGAAUACAUCAAUCAAGGCACUGGUCUUUUCUGAUGAAACAGGAAUUUCUAAAGGUUUGCAAAAGUACCUACACCCAGCAUCUAAAUAUAUAAGUUCCUCAAAUAGCAAUACAGUGUUGGAAUGUGGACUUGAAUUACUUUGGUCGAAGCUGAACAUUUCAAAUGUCUGGAAAAACUUCCAAGAAAUUUUGUUCAUGUGGGGUGAUGCAGACCUUACAUCUCUUAAAUCAGAUGAUGUAUUGGACAACAUGGCAGGUUGUUGUGAAAUUUUCAGAAAGAUUGUUGGAUAUCUCAAGGCUAAUAAUUUCCCCGGUGCUAUCAGAGUUAUAACCUAUAGGUCCUCUGAGAGUUUAGUGGAUUACAUAAGUCCUGGGUUUGUACUGUUGGGUAUGACAAGAGCAUGUGCAGCUGAGUUGUCAGAACUCUCCUUUCAGCUGAUUGACUUGGGAUCUGUUUCCUAUGAAGAUAUCAAAGCAUUGGCUCAGGUCCUUACAUCAUACCCCUGCAGCAAAUAUCCAGAGCUGAUAGUGAAAGAAGGCACAAUUCUCAAACCUGAAAUCAUCCACACACCAUUGCCAAACAUGAAUAUCACACCAAAAAGUGUCCACAUGUGGGAUGAUGAAGCCUUCACCUUGCAAACAUCUGAUCCAUAUGAAAUAAUAAAUAUAUCAGCUACACAAGGGGCCAAUUCGGUUGAACCGAUUCAGCGACAAAACAUUGAGGUUCAACUCAGUAAAAUGUGUGUGCAUUCAUCAGACUACUUUCCUGUCAGCACCUCUGAAUUCACUUACGGUCAGACAAUUUAUUGGAACAAGCACACAACUCAAAACCACAAACUUUUAGCCCUUGAUUUCGGUGGGAUUGUCACAGCUGUGGGUAAGGAUGUUAAGAAAAUAAAAGUUGGGGACCAUAUUGUGUGUUGUUAUCCUGUGGCUGCCACCUCCAAAGUCAUUCUCCCAGCAUCUGUUUGCUACAAAACAAAAAGACUUUCAUUCAUGACGGACAACCCUUGUGUCUCCUUUUUGGUCCUGGCCUGGGAGAUUCUUCAUAAAAAUUUACCAAAGGCCAAACAUCAUAGGAAAUUAGGCAUUUUCUCGAGUGUUCUCGACUCAUCUUUGAUGAAGGUUUUAACUACCUCUGCAAACAAAUCAGGUUGGAUCAUCAGAGUGAGCACACGGGAGGAUCAGAUUGCUUGUGAUUUUAGCGAGAUUCUGCAUAAAAAUUUACCAAAGGCCAAACAUCAUAGGAAAUUAGGCAUUUUCUCGAGUGUUCUUGACUCAUCUUUGAUGAAGGUUUUAACUACCUCUGCAAACAAAUCAGGUUGGAUCAUCAGAGUGAGCACACGGGAGGAUCAUAUUGCUUGUGAUUUUAGCGAGGUUGAAGGAGCUGUUCUUCUUCCUCCAUAUAAUGAAAGGAUAAUUGAAACAGUUACCAAACAUACAGUCAUCAAAGAUGUUGUUCUUGUCUGUGACAACCAGCCGGACAUUCCAGUAGAUCCAAAAACAUUUAGAUGUACCAAUACUGAAGUUCACAUCCAUUUCCUCUUCAUGUCUCAAAUAAUGCAGAAAUGGUCUCUGCAUAUAAAUAUGCCAAAAGUCUACCGCUGGCUGAAAUCCAUGCAUUUGGACAGAAAGUCUUUGGCUUUCAACACAACAACCUUUCAAAGAGGGAAUUCUCAAGACAUUGAUCCCCUCUCUGUAAAACAAUCUGAUUCAUACUUCACAAGUCAAGUUCUACCCAUCAUGAUUCUGAAUAAUGAUUACAAGAACCAGCUGUCAGACAUUUCAGUGAUGCCCAAACUCAGUAUUUUCAAGAAAAAAUCAGUCUAUAUUGUCACAGGUGGUCUGACAGGGCUGGGAUAUGAGACAGUGAAGUUCAUUGCUCAGAAAGGAGGAGAAAAUAUUGUAAUUCUUUCAAGGAGCAGUCCAAAUACUCAGAUUCAACAAGAUAUACAGAAUGUCAUGGAUCAUUAUGGUUCUGUCAUUAAGUGUCUACAGUGUGAUGUUUCCAUAUCAGAACAAGUUCAACAAGCAAUUCUUCAUAUUGGAAAACUUUUUCCAUCCAGUCCAAUCAAAGGAGUCUUUCACAGUGCAGUUGUCCUGCAUGAUGGGCUAAUUGAAAGUCUUGACAAAUCGCUUUAUGAGAAAGUCAUGAGACCAAAAGUUAAUGGACCACUUAACCUUCACCGUGCUACUGAACAAUGUCAUCUGGAUUACUUUGUGUGCUAUUCCUCCAUCUCCGCCUUCAUUGGCAACGCAUCACAGACAAACUAUGCAGCUGCUAAUACAUUCAUGGACACUUUCUGCCAGUACCGCAGAAAUAUUGGACUUUCAGGACAGUCAAUCAACUGGGGGGCUAUGAAUCUUGGUCUCCUGUUGAACAAAGUGCAUGUCCAAAGAUUUCUUGAGGCAAGGGGAAUCAUGCUACUGGAAAGGCCAGAAAUUCUUGAAUCUCUGGAGCAAUCCCUCUUGAUUAAUAAACCUCAACAGCUUGUAUGCAAGUUCAAUUUCAAAAACAGCUUGCAUAAUGUCCUCAGUCAAAACAAGUCUUAUAGUGCCCGACUUUACAGACUGAUAGAGGAAGCCGUGAGGAAAGACAGAAUUAUCUUAUCCAGACCUGAGCAGCCCAUCACAUCACCACAUGGAUAUAUGAGGUCACUGAUUAGUGAAACAAUUGGUGUUGAAAUGGAUGAACUGAAUGAUGAGACUCAUCUUUUCGAUUUAGGUAUUGACUCAAUGUUAGCCAUAACUUUGCAAAAUCAUAUCUUCAAAGGGAGAGGUGUGAAUGUCCCUCUAGUGACUCUACUGGAUCCAAAUAGUACACUGUCAAGUCUCAUAAAAAUCCUGGAGGAGAAUUCAGUAGAAGACUAAAUGAGCAAAG